AUGAGCGGAUAUAAAAAUGCUUCAUCAUCAAAUGAAAAGCUUAUAAAUGAUUUAUUUAAAAAUGCUUCAUCAGAAGAAGAAUUGGCAUUAUCAUUUGAAGAAGUAUUAGAGGAAGAAUUAUUCGUUCUAUAUCAAUUCGUUGAACAACAACAAAAAAAUAACGCAAAUUUUCUAUCUUCUGAUCUGACGAUGUUUCAAUUGUUUCCUAAGAGAUCUAUAAGAAGUGAUAAUACUGAAUUAAAACGCCUUAAACGUAAAAGAUAUGAGCAAAUACGACAUGCAAGAAUUAAUGAUUCUUUAAAAAAACUUAAAGACUAUUUGUCGAUAUAUAAAAUGAGUAAAGUUGAAAUAUUAAAAGAAGGCAAGCAUUCAUUUUUAUGA